CGUGCACAGUGAACGAGCGUGGCAGCGGGAGCGCGCGUAGAGGAAGGAGCGGAAGGAAGGAGUCGAAUCAGACUACAGUCCCCCCCCCGCGUAGCAAGGCAGCGGAUGAACGGAGCCGCGUGUGUGUCGCUCGUGUAUUUUUGUUGCAUUGCUUCUUUCUGGCGGCAAAGGAUCCGGGCGAAUAUGAUGAUCCUACUGGCGCAUCUGAUGGCGGUGUUGGUGUGCGGAAGCCAAGCUGCCCUGCAGGUCUCCAUAUCCCUGAACAAGGUGGAGUUAAGCGUUGGAGAGUCCAAGUUCUUCAUCUGUACAGCGAUUGGCGAGCCGGUCAAGCUAGAGUGGUACAAUCCUCAGGGGGAGCGCAUCCAGCCCUCUAAGCGGAUGGCCCUGCACACAGAGAUGUCCAGAUCCCGGCUAAUCAUCUACAACGCCAUCAUCGAGGACGCCGGGAUCUAUCGCUGCCAGGCCACCGAUGCCAGCGGUCAUACAGUGGAGGCCUCAGUGGUGCUGGAGAUCUACCAGAGGCUGACUUUUCGAGACGUUCAAUCGCCACAGGAGUUCUGCCACGGUGAAACUGCAGAAGUCAUUUGCGAUGUCAUCAGUUCACCCGUGCCGGAGGUUGUGUGGUACUACCAGGGCAGAGAGAUCACCGAUGAGCACCACAGCAGGUUUAAGGUGCUUGCAAACAACAGCCUGCAGAUCCACCACAUGACCAAGGCGGACGAAGGCGUGUACCGCUGCGAGGCCAGUGUGGAGGCUCGUGGUGAAAUCGACUUUGUGGACAUCGCUGUAGUGGUCAACGUCCCUCCAGUCCUGUCAGUGUCCCAGCAGUCAUUCAACGCCACUGCAGACUACCAGGAGUCGGUCACCUUUACGUGCAUCACUUCUGGAUCUCCGGAUCCUGUUGUCACAUGGCACAGGAAAGGCCAGCAGCUGGAGCCAUCAGACCAGUACAUUCUCAGUCGACUGGAAGGGGGACGGGGCAUGCUGACCAUCCGCAACAUCCGCCAGGGUGAUGGAGGCUUUUACUAUUGCAAGGCCACCAACAAGGCGGGUUCUCAGGAGAAAGAGCUCUUCCUCAAAGUGUUCAUCCAACCUCACAUCACGCAGCUGAAGAACGUGACGGCAGUGGAAGGCAACGCCGCCAUGAUCUCCUGCGUCGCCGAGGGUGAACCCCUACCUGACAUCUCCUGGAGGCGAGCCAGCGACGGGCGAACUUUUGUGGAUGGAGACAAGAGCCAGGAUGGACGCUUUGAGGUGCGCGGCCGCCACGGCAAGUCGGUGCUGACCAUCAGCAGCGUGAAGCUGGCAGACCUGGGUCGCUUCGACUGCGAGGCACUGAGUAGGAUCGGAGGCCAUCAGAAGAGCAUGUUUCUGGACAUUGAGUAUAUUCCAAAGUUCUUGACCAACCAUACCAUCUACUAUUCUUGGGAAGGGAACCCAGUGAACAUCAGCUGUGAUGUGAUGUCCAACCCGCCCGCCACCUUGCUGUGGAGGAAAGAGCACUUCACCAUCUCUGCGGAGGGGACCGCCAACACUCGAGUGCACAACGGCAUGGGCAAAUCCGUGCUGGAGGUCACUCCGAUGUCUGACAGGGACUUUGGUCGUUACAACUGCACGGCUCGCAAUAACAUCGGCAUUCGAUACCAGGAGUUCAUUCUGGCCCAGGCUGAUGUGCCGUCCAAUCCAUACUCGGUUCGCCUGUCGGCCGUCUCCCAGCGCCUGGCCACCGUCACCUUCAUGAAGCCGGACUCGCACGGCGGUGUGCCCAUCAGCUAUUAUUUAGUCCAGUACAAGGAGGUGGGCCCGCAGGACUGGAGGGAUGUCAGGUCACAUAGCGUGCAAACAACGGUGGUGCUGACCGGCCUGGAGCCCAACACGACGUACGAGGUUCGAGUGGCGGCCGUCAACGGGAAGGGUCAGGGCGAGUUCAGUCACAUGGAGACUUUUCAGACCUUACCCAUCCGAGAACCAAGUCCGCCUGCAGUCCACGGGCAGAGAGGGAUGGGUAAAGCCUACAAGCUGGGGCUGGUCAAGCAGGACGAUGGAGGGAUGCCCAUUGUGGAGUAUAUAGUCAAGUAUAAGACGGACAAAGAGGAGCAAUGGAUGACCAAGCUGGUUCCAGGUUCCAAUGAUUUUGCAACGCUGCAACCGCUGCAGUGGAACACGAGAUACGAAGUGGAGAUCACAGCUCGCAAUGUGAAGGGUCUGUCGGAGCCCACCUUCUACCAGUUCUUCAUGCCUCAGAAACCUGACAUCACAGCAGAAUCCCUGUUCAGCGGCCUGGGCCUGGGUGCGGUGGUGGGCCUCGGUCUCGGAGCGCUGCUGCUGCUGCUGGUUCUGGUAGAUGUCAGCUGCUUCUUCCUGCGCCAUUGCGGCCUGCUUAUGUGCAUCACGCGCACGCUGUGCAGCAAGAAGACGGCCACCAGCGGAAAGGGCAAAGAAAUGGAGGAGGGCAAGGCUGCCUACCUGUACACCUACAACAGCCACCCGAGCACCUUUUCAACCACAGAAACUGCCGCUGAAGGAAGAAAAUGGCAAAGAGUCUCUCAAGCCGGAUACGAUUGAAAUCAAAUUGCAUGGCGACCACAGCAUCCACACAAAGCCGGGCGACAGCAAAGCAUAAAGGGUCCUCCCGCGCCCACAAGAACAUUCGGAUCACAAGACCAAAACCUGGACAAACUACAGCACUGGAACAUAGUAGAGAGAUUUUUUUGUUCAUAAGUGGGAGGCAUGUGUAAAUAAAACCUUAGACGGGAGCGUGGAUGCUGACAUGACAUAAGUGGAAGGCUCAUGUUGAACUAUGAUUGUAUGUUAUUUUUGUUGUGUGCUUUUUUACACCAUUUUGGGUUCCCCAGCUGUAACUCACGUUAUCUGAGAAGUCGUAGGAAUGUCUUUUGGAUCUGCAUUUCAAUGCGGUGUGUCUCUCCGUGUACAUUCAGUGACGUCAAGGCGAGGGCUUGUCUGAAUACAUAAUAGAUGUGACAAGCAUUUGGGGAGGUCAAGCAGGGUACCGCUGUUUGAUCAGACUUCCUCUGAGAUGCCUUGAAAACACAUGUUGACACCCAAGCAUCGAAGGCAGUACCUCUUUUGAUGUAACCUCUCUCCCCAGACGUACAAUCACCUCGUGGUCGGUAGCUUCUUUUGUCACGUAAUCCAUUUUCAUCCGUAUCAGAAUUUGAAUCUGUAGACCGCGAGUCAGACUCGAGUCACAAUUUUGAUGACUCUGGACUCGACAAUAUCGUCCAAGACUUGAAACUUAACUCGGGCUUUUACAUCAAUGACUCGGGACUUGACUCGGACUUUAGUCUGAUGACUUGAAAGUACUUGAGCUUUUCGGUGAAUGUGUUGAGUAAAAUGUUUCCCCGUUCAAAAUAUCCAACUGACGUGAUCGUACUGUGGCAUUUCCAGCAAGACAACAUAUUUGGUAUUGUUUGAAAACAGUAGGGAAAAUCUGGAAACGCCAGCUCGUCGUCGCCGAUGACAUCACCGCCACGUUGCGUCACAUGACCAGAAGUGACAAGCCAGCAAAAUAUCAUGAAUGCUUUGACUGGCAUCACUCUCCCCAGUUGACACGCUCCUGAUAUUUUUUGUCUUAUACUCGAAAACGACUGGCAGAAGUAAUUCCGCUCCGUCGUCAGUCGAGACGAGCCUUGGACACCGACGACGAUGGACUUUGUGCGCAUGUGUUCUUUCUUCUUCUGCAGUUUUGGGGGGUAUUGUGCGAAGUGACUUUAGUGGCUUAGCGAGCUGUGUUGAGUGGAAAGUCAGAGGGAGGUAGCUCUCUUUUAAAGCAGCUGCAUCACCAUGGCAACUUAGGCUAAACUCACGUUAUGUCCAGGCUUUCAUCUUAAAAUUGGCUUUGAAAGUUCCAUUGUUUCACUGUUUAGCUAAUUCGGAGAUGGUGUCGUUUAUUGAGAAUAUGCUAUAAAUGUGCUCACUUUCUGAGGCAAAAUAUUACUAACUAGGCCAACGUUAGCAGACGUAUAUGUCACAGCAGUCCUUGUGUGAGGACUCAGACCGUUAGUCUUUUUAUAUUACAAUAUAAUAAACAAUUUGAGGCAAAACACUUGUUUUACUCUAACAAGGGGGAAAAAAACACGUCACACACAACACACAGCCAUCUAGUGGUCACAACGAAAUACAGCAUUUUAAAAUAUUUCUUGAAAAUAUAACACGAGAAAAGAAAGUUGUUGCUCCAAUGUAUUUAUUUUUUAAGUGGAUAAGUUAAUAUGUCAAAGUUGAGCGUUGAUAAAUGAAAAGACGAGUAGUGUAAUAAUCAGUGUUAACUUGCACAUUCACACGCUGCAUGCUGGCAUGUCAGCAGUCCUCCCUCGCUCUGUUGGCGGCGACAGUGUUGCUUUUCGCAGUCAUUAAGCUUUUGGGAACUCCUCAUAACGCUCCAUAAUAAUGACUUGCUCGUUUUUUGCUAAAUACACCAGCUGUGAUGGCUUCUUUUUUGAGCGGAAGGGGAAACGCCCCCCUUUCAUGCCAACGCGCACUUAGCACAAAGCCGAAAACCGGACUCGACAAAGUAAGGCUAUAACCGCCGUCGCAGGUUUUGUUGAGUUGCAUCUUGAGCACAAAGCCUGGGUUGGUUGAGCCACUUUGCAGAAUACCCCCUUGGUGUCACGUGGUUCUGUCUGCGUGUCCGUUUACAGCGCCACAGUUGGUGUGCCUUAUGUAUUACAUUGUUUUCACCCAGUGAUCUGCACCCGUCUGGUUUCCGUGUGGACGGGGCCUAAGUCUUGUCACGCUGGUCUAAAAUAAAUAAAUAAAUAAAUGAAAUUCUAAAUGUAUUAAUUGUAUUUGUCAAGUGUAGUAGAUUGCUGUUAAAUUCUUAUUCUGUUCAUUCUCCCAAGAAAAGAAAGAAAACAAGUAAGAAUAAGAACAUAGGAAACAUAAAUACCAAUAAAUUAAGCAACAACAACAGAAGAGACAUUAAUACAAAUAAAUAAUACAAAUAAAUAAAUAAAUAAAUAAAUAAAUAUGUAAUAUCGGUCAAUAUUGGUAUCGGGAUUUUUCCCAAUAAUGAAAGCUGAUAAUAAACUUGCUGUAUCGAGGCUGACGGGCUCCCGUAUUUGCCAUCGCGCAAUUUAUGACCUCAUCAAACCGCCUCUCAAGCGUGUAAACAAACGUGGGUGGCUAAUAGCAAGCUAGCGUGCUCCUUCCAUCCAUCCGUUUUCUAAAUGCGCCGCCUCUCCUCACUAGCAUGAAUGCAGCAAGUCCCGGAAGUAAGCGACAGUAAAACCUGACAGUGUGUUUGCGCGCUCGAUUAGGAGAUUGUAUGAUAUCGGAUGUAUUUUCAUUCGUAUACUGUACAUGUUUGUUUCUUUUCCUCUUCAAUUUCGCAUCGGAUUUCUACUGAGUGUUGGACCAAAUUGAGUCAUACGAGUGCUUUGAAAGUUAAGUCCAACUUGAAGCCUUUAAAGUCAUGGACCGGAGCUUCAAGACGAGAUAAAAGGUAUGGGGGAUAUAAAUUCAUUUUAAUAUCUACCUGCAGAUGAAAUUGCAUUAAAAUCUGAUGGUGUGAAAUAUGUUCAUUUUGGCCCAGAAUUACUGUGUACAUGAAAUUUGUAGUGUGGCGUAGAACCAAUGCAGCGUGCUGCUGCACAGUGGCAGAGCAACAGUACGUGGUCACUCUCUGACCACCCCACUGGCCAUCUAGACAUUUCAGGUAUCAACUUAUUGCCACCCUUAUGUGAGUAAAUCGGAAAUAGAGAGUUUGACAAUAUCGGCAUAUCGAUAAUCGGCAAAAAAGCCAAUAUCGGGCAUCCCUAAUUGUAAGGACUCGAAAAUUUCAAGCCUAUGACUUCAGACUCAAAUCGACCAGUCUUGACUUGACACUUGACUUGAGACUUGCAAAACACAGACUUUCUGCCACCUCUGCUGUGUAUGUCUUUGACCUCUUUGCAAAGAUAUAAACUGCUCAAGUUCAAGGUGUUUAUUUCGCGACUCGGGCCUAGCCCCCCUGCUGACCUCUCACCAUCACACUCGUAGGCAACGCUUGGAGGAGAAGCUGAUGUUUCUAACGGCACUACGCGCGUCCCAAUGAUGUCAACCUCUUGGCUUGCCUGUAAUAGUCGGGUCAGGUAACGCUCAGAAGUAAGAACUCUGUUUUUAGUCCAUCUUAAAUGAUUCAUUUGUUGUUUUCUUCUGUGUUUCCAGAAAAAAAAACAUUUUCAAUUAUAAUAAAAAUAACAAAAAAGACUUGUGGAGGGAAAAACAGCACAUGUGGGUUGAGUCACCUUCUAAAAAAGCCUUUUGUACAAUGUCGACAAUGAAAAUUGUUGCCGUUGUUGCCGUGUCUGAUAAUCCGACUUGAAUUUUUGUUGUCAGUCGCCUCCAGUGGACUUUUGAAAGACCUUGAAUGUUUUCAUCCAUCAAAGCGGUUUGUUGGUAGAACUGAACGCACGGACCCGAGGAAUCGAGAAAAGUCAACAUUAACUUUGAUGUCUUUUGCUCAUUGCUGCCUCAGAUGUCUUUUGGAAAUGCUUUUCUUUGUGGGUCUGCUCGCUGACAUUGUGUGCUGUACAUAGGUGGAGAAAAAAAGCGUAUUUUGCAGAGCUUUGAUGUAAAUAUACCCUCAAGGAUGUGACUUUUUUCAAAAGGCAGUUUCAUCUUCUUUUGCCGUGUCAUAUGUGGUCCAAAGCUUAUAUGAUGGUAGAAUUUUGGUUGUCCAGGUGUUUGUUUCCUCUGAAGCCCUAAGCAGUGUAAUCCAAAUGGAGGCACUAAUUACAUCGUUUGAGUCACACACACUUCCGGAUCACAACUUUACUGCUUUUCGCCACCAAACGUCUCAGUGGGGUGACUGUUUGUGUGCUGUUGGGACUUCCAGGAAAGAUACUACAGCAGAACGCGAGUCCGAGUUCAGGUUGAUGUGAUGACUACUGAAUGCUGACCCUGCCUGUGUGUGUGUGUGUGUGUGUGUGUGUGUGUGUCUGCCUGAAUGAGUGAAUGAAUAAUGUCCAUGCACAAGGCUGCAUGUUUAUCUUUUGGAUGCAUCUGCAUGCGUUGUGUCCAGUUUUUCCACAAUCACAGCAUCCCGAUUUCCAAAAGAAAUGAAGAAGGUAACGUCCGGCUACCCGGAUGACUCUUUGGAUAUUUACGAUCGUGGCCUCCCGUGAAUGCGAGUAGCUGAUGACGCGCAUGUGGUGUCUCCGGGUCCAUCCGUCUGACUGUUUUUGUUUUUUGUCUCAGACUUUUCUUUGUUUCUCGAACUGAGCCCACGUACGACACUACUGUAUACUUGCAUCACACCGGUGGUCCCGCCCCUGAGCGCUCCCUGCUGCCUAUCACACUGACUGUAUAAGCGAGAGCACAGUGCCUGGGUGGCGUUACAAUUUCUACAUGUUCUUUUUGUAUUUGACUAUUGAAAACACCCCCACCUCUGUCCACUCGACCAUGUGCUUUCCUACUGGGGGUUAAAACAGGUGUGUGAUCUCGGUGUACAGUGUGUGUCCUCCUCGUCCCCCUAUCCUCGACACCAUUUUGGACCUUCCUUGCUGAGUGUGCUUUGUGCAGGAAGUGGGAAUAUUGAUGUCUCUCUGUAUGUACCUGUGCAACACUUGUGACUCCUGUCAUUUGCCGCUGUAAAUAAACAUGUCCUGGUAGAAGAGACGACGUUUCAAGCU